AUGGUUUUCCUCACGACUAAAAUGAUGCAAAGGACGGCAUUCUUUGUGACGUUCGGGAGCUUCGUAACGUCUCUGGUCACCACCUUUCUGCCUCUGUGGAAAACGAUGAACUCGGAGCUGAAUGAAGUUGAGAACUGGUUCUCUGGGUUGUGGCUCACCUGCCUCUACACGGAUGAGAGGGGGAUUCAGUGUAAGGCCUACGACUCAAUCCUGGGACUGCCGAUGGAUCUGCAGAUCUCCAGGGUCCUCAUGCUGAUAUCUAUAGGCACUGGAGCUUUUGCUCUGUUGGCUGCCUUCCCAGGUCUGGACGGGGUUGGGAUGUUUGUGGGUCAGCCUGCUGUAAAGAGAGGGCUCCAUAUAUUUAGUGGAGUCCUGACCUGGGUAUCAGGGCUCACUACUCUGGCCCCCGUGUCUAUUGUGGCGUACACGACCGUAGUGGAAUUCUGGGAUGAAGGUUUUCCUGAUGCGAUGCCCCGGUGGGAGUAUGGCGAGGCAAUGUUCUCAGGAUGGUUUGGAGGAUUGGGUCUGGUCAUAGGAGGGACCCUGUUUUUUGUGGCUGUGUGCAUGGGGGACUAUGACCUGAGACUAGCAGGGGACUAUGACCUGAGACCACCAAACAGCCCACAGGAGAAGCACAGGUCCAAGCACUACAUGAAGACUGUGGUUUUGUAG